AUGCAGCCAUUAGCGAUCUGUGGAUUGUUGUCGUUUGCAUGUAUGCUGUUGGUUCGCUUGUCUUCGGCCGCCUCCCAUCCGCCGUCGCCUUGUCCAGACAUAUUCACUUACGAAGGCUCGGAACCGGAGAACAACAGGUGGUAUGGUGAGAUAUCACUGAGGACUGACGAAAGCCUGGUGGGCAUCCGACUGGACAUCGAACUGGACCGACCUUCAGAUUUGAUGGUAUCUUGGAUGGGAGAGAUAACGACAAGCGACAAUGUGAAAUUCACAGUGUUGAACUUAAACCAAAAACUGAAGCCCGGGCCCCCGGUGCUGUCUAGGAUCAUGGCCAAGUUCAACCGAUCGACGGGCAGUCCUAAAUUGCGGUUCAUCCGACUCAAUGGCCGUAAGAUCUGCCCCGAAGAUUCUAGUUAUAGUUCUGGGUACGAGGAGGAAUCCCGGCCAUCGCAAAGACCUCAGAGCACCAAGAGACCGGAUCCCGAGUUCGGCGGUGACGUGGACGAAUAUCCGGAAAGUGGCGGCAAUAACAACCACCGCGACAAGGACAACCCGAUCAGACCCUCAGGAUCGGAUUAUUCGCCGCAGGACGGUCGUCCGGCGACCACCGUGACGGAAGGAACGUAUACGACCCGGAAGACCAACAGGGGGCCAAUAACGACGACUACGACUUUGGCGCCUCGAAAUCCCUAUGAACAGGGCAACGGAAAUAGACCGAACACGGUAACGUUGCAGGCCAGCAGUACGGACCCGAACAGCGACAUAAACGGGGUCAUUAACGGGCUGUUGCAGAACCAGAACAGCAACAACAAGACCGUCAUUAUAACCGUCAUCGACAACCAAAAUAACCGGCCGAAUGGCGGUACCGGUAGUGGCGGGCGACCGGCGACCGCGGACGGUGGCAGUGCGACCAGGCCGAAUGUUAACAACAGACCGUCCGGCCAGCAAACUGGCCAAAAGCCCAACAAUAACAACAACAACAACAAUCAACAGGUCAGCGGUGGAGGGAGCAGUGGAUCUUAUACCGGGUCAUCUGUCAACUCUCUCUCGUCCAGUGGUUCGUCGUGCGGUGAAGUCAAUAUGGUCGUGCCGCUGGUGACUUCUGGACAGUCUACGAAAAGGGGACAAUGGCCCUGGCACGUGGCACUCUACCUCAUAGAAGGCAUAAACUUGAGCUACCAUUGUGGCGGUUCGCUCGUCUCAAAAAACAAAGUCAUCACGGCCGCUCAUUGUGUGACUCACAAACUAAACGAUGCAGUCUUAAACUCAACCAAAUUAGUCGUCUAUCUCGGCAAAUACCAUCAGCUCCAGUACAGCGACGAGCUGGGUGUCCAGAUCAAACAGGUUAUCCGGAUAAAGGUAUACCCGUCUUACAACAGCACCUCGUACUUCGGAGACAUAGCUAUGUUGACGUUGUCCUCCGACGCUGAAUUUACUAACUAUGUGACGCCGGUGUGUCUUUGGGAAGAGAGGUCCAACGAUUUGGACGAUAUCGUUGAAAAAGAAGGAACAGUCGUCGGUUGGGGCUUCGACGAAAACAACACGCCGACCGAAGAACUGAAGAUGGCAAAGAUGCCGGUCGUAUCACAACAAACAUGCCUCUGGAGCUAUCCACAAUUUUAUUCGGAAUUCACGUCCAAUAAAACGUUUUGCGCUGGAUUCAGAAACGGCACAAGCGUAUGCAACGGAGACAGUGGUGGCGGAAUGGUGUUCAUUAGGAACCAUCGGUGGUACCUGAGAGGUAUCGUGUCCCUGACGGUGGCCAAAGACGGACUGCGAGUAUGUGACACCAAACAUUACGUAGUGUUCACAGACGUGGCCAAGUACACAGAUUUCAUCACGAGGAACUUACAAUAA